CGGUGCGGUCCUUGUUCAGCGCGUCUGUUUGCGAGGAACAAAACGGAAAAAUUGCAGGAUAAUUUCUCGGGUGCCCAUGCGCGCGAGAAAGUCUUUGUCGUGGUUGUCCAGCAGCUGGCUGUCGCCGUUUUGUCUCGGUCGUCUCCAUGUCCUGCUCGCAGACACAGGCGCCUGUGUAUCAUCUCGCCUUUUGCUCUUCCGAAGAACUUCCGUUCUUUUUCACAAAGGCCGGUUGUCUACAAGCCCGCAUCAAAAGACUUACCUCGGGAGGUGGCCCCAAACCGACACCACCUGUGGCGAUGGAAGGAUGACGCCGUGUAGAGCUGCAUAGUUUCGUCGGGCAGCCUAGGCUCUCUUCCUGGCCCUCCCUGCCGACUUCUAGUCUCAUUCAUUCGGGUAACGAUGGCAAAUGGUGAGAACUUCCCGUCAGAAGGUCCGGAUGCGGCCGCUGCAGUCCGGUGUGGGCGGCAAAGUGCCUCAAAACCUACUCGCUCGAAGACUGUGUAUUCCGAGAUGUCACUAGCAAGGCAAAACGUAGAAGUCACUGACCCUCGUCUUCGUAAAGGAUCGCUCUUCCUUGGACGUCAACCCCCCAGAUGUCCCCCUUCAGCUCCUCCUUCUCCGCUUCUCGUCCACCACGUUGUUGUUUCGCUAUUUCUUGUCUCCGCUGCACAUAGCUUGUUUCCACUUUUCGACUCUCGCAUUGUCGCUGCGUCCGCCGAGAGUGCCUAUCCACGAGAUCGCCUCCGUUCUGCACCUCCACCUUUUCCAUCUGCCUUUCAGAUGGGUUCUAACGAAUGGCAAAGUCCUUUUCAAAUGGCAGCGUUGCGGCCGGCGGCCGAGCGGGCUGCGCCCGCGUCAGGGGAAACCCCCUUUUUUACGACUCUCGCAUCCAGAGUCGCGACAAGGGAUGCAUUUCCCCGAAACCUUCCACACGAGGAACAGGUGUAUGGGAAUAACCUCUCUGGUGUCGCGGACGCACCGCCUGCGCCUCCAGCCUUUCGUCUGGCCGACGAGAGGAGCCAAGCCCUGUUGGGGCAGCCACUGGGCAGGAGAACGGCUGCCGCAAAUUCUGAGCUAGAAUCGCAUGUUUCGCCGAGCGCAACCGGCGCGCCAGUUCGUUUUCGACACCAGUGGCAGAACUCAGAGGCACCAAACGCAAUGUCUUUCAUCAACUGGCAGAUGCUUGGCGCCACCAUGACGCACCCCGCUCUCCAGGUCACUGGCAGCCCCCUCGCUGCUCCCCCAGUUGUCUUUCACCAACCGGAUCCGGCCCUUGCCAUGAGCCAACAUGGGAAGAUCAUUGCUGUGGCGGCAGCUUGCAUGGUUGUCAGUCUGGUUAUUCUGCUGCUUUGCUGUUUCAUGGUACGAAGGAAACGGGCACAUGAGGCAUACAUGGCGAGGCCGCUUACCCUGCCGAAUCAAGCUUAAGGAAGAAGCGCGGACAGAACGAGGCGAAGGGGCAUCAAUAGUCGCGGAGAGAGCUGCAGGGAACGUAAAAAUGAAAUCCUGAAGUAUUUUUAGACGCAUUUGUGAGAACGUCUUGGAGUGCGGAAGGAUGCUCGGUUGAUGGCGGGGUAACCCGACUUGCUGCGGAGCACUUUCUUCGGUGCAUUCGGGGCAGCGGACUGAGGGAUACACUGAUGUGCCAUCAAGAUCAGCGUCGGGCAUAAAAGGAUGAAACAAGUUGCUCUGUGGCCAACAGCUGUAUGGGAACUGCGCUUGUCUUGCAGUAACUGAGGGGUGAUGACUAUAGGACGGUCCCCUUGGCAUUCUACGUCAGGGGCCUGAUGUCACUCGCUAAUUCAAGAUUUUAAAGUGUCAACCGCAGAUCACAGAUCUGCGCUUUCAGUUCGAAAGUCGGGUGGGCAGCAAUAUUAACUGGGCUUUCGGAUGGCGACUGCUGUCAGAAGGGAAAGCAGUGCGAGUACAGUGGUAAUUCCUGAUGUGGCCAGAAGGGCUCACAUGGCGUUUUGGCUUUAAAACUCCCUAGAUCACUUAUUCCUAAAUGGAUUACUUUUAGCCGCUCGCGCAUGGAACAUCCGCCAAUCCACAGCAGACUGAACCCCCCUCGCCGUCGACGCACUGCGGCGUCGAGACUGUAAUAUUGACCAUGAUAGCUCUGUCAGUCUUUGCCAGCAAGGGUUCCGCAUCCACACCGAACGAGAAGCAAAAGUGUACUAAAGAGGCAUAGAGUGGCAAGGUUUUGGCGUAAUUUCAUGUCUGAUCAAAAUGACGAGAUGCAACGCAGCUGCCACGAAAUGUGGCAAUCCCGCUAACAUUUUUCCAUUACAUGCAGACAUCCCCUGCAAGCACGCAGCAUGUCGCUUCACCAACGUUGGUCACAUGAGACAGAAUAGCAACUUUUUUCUCGAAAAUC